AUGGCGCGAGGCAAGCUGUCCUCGAGUGCUUCUUCUCGCCAGGACCCUGAGGAUCGCGUGAAGACGGCGCCAACCAGCCGUAACGCGAGUGCUGUCAGCCAUGUCAGCCAGCGGCCCCAGGCUCAAACCAGUAAUGACCCAGAUGCAAUGAUCCCCGGCGUCCCUCCUCCACCGACGCCCUAUCAUCGACCCGCUCCGUUGGAGAGCCGUCCGACCAAGCCCUUUGUGGUGGCCUCUGAUGAGGGGCUAUACCUGGAGGAACAUGUCUGGCCCACUUUAAAUCUUGCUCUGGAAAAGCUUCUCAGUGCCAUUCCUUACAACAUCCCCAAAGUGUGUACUCGCAGCGAUUCGAGACCGCACCCAAGCCUGUCCAACCCUCCCCUCCAGGAGAUUCGCCAACAGUAUCAAGACCCAUCCAUGCGGCGCAUCAAGCACCCCGAGCAUGCCCAGUUUGCGCCCAUUGAAUGGCUGGCUCGUUUUCUGAAAGAACACAAUCCCAAUAAGCCGCCCCAGCUCAGCACUGAACAGGCUGCCAUCGUUUUGCAGUCCUAUGUUCGUCGCAAGCUUGCGCGCGACCACGUUGCCCGCCUUCGAAGUCACGCGGCUCAACAACGCGCUGAGCGCGAGCAGGCGGAGCUGCGCGAUGCCGCAGCCCGGCGGAUCCAAGCUGCGUAUCGCGGUCAUUCCGUUCGCUUGGCCCUCAAGGCCGGCAAGCUACAGGACAUUCGGGGCUGGUAG